UAGCCAUGACAGUAAUGUACAUACCUAGGUUUUCUUUAAUCCUUCCUUCUCUCAACAGAAAUUCAUCCGACGAAGAAGAAGAAAAAGAAUGCAGACGCCGUCUGAUAAUACUGCAUGCAAUUCUUCUUCAGACGCUUCUCUUCCACAGGCUAGAUCGCAUACUAAUCUAACUCAACAGUCCGAAUCUGUAAUUUCAAUCUCCAAUGCGAGACGACCAGGUCUCCCUUCUCUUCAGGUCCCGCCCAGACCUUACGGCUUUACCGGUAGCCAUAGCGGCAAUCAUUUACUUCAUUCUCAUAGUUUCAAGAAGAAGAAGAAGGUUUCUGUCGCUGUAAAUGAGAGAAGCCCUCUACUUAAUCCAGACAUUACUAAUCAACAGAGUCCGAUUCUAGCUAAUUUGAAGUCUCUUUGGACUAGAGGCGGCACGUCUCUUCCUGUCACUCCUGCUUCAAAUCUAUCAAAUUCAAUUCAUGUUCCUGGUUCAGCCAGGACUAUUAAAGAGCAUAUCAAGUCUAUAGGUAAUUCUGAAGGAAGGAGUUUCGUCAUUGUUAGAUCGGUUUCUUUUGCUGCUCGUGACAUUGUUCAGACUGAUGUUGAUGAUGAUUUAAUUGUAGUGGAAGAACUAGAAGAUGAACAUAUUCCAGAAGAAGAAGCGGUAUGUAGGAUUUGUUUUGGAAAUUGCGAUGAUGGGAAUAUGCUCAAGAUAGAAUGUAGUUGCAAAGGUGAUUUAAGACUCAUACACGAAUUAUGUGCCGUUAAAUGGUUUAAGAUGAAAGGAAACAAUAACUGCGAUAUCUGCGGUCAAGAGGUUAGAAACUUACCUGUAACCUUGCUGAGAAUGGAGAGUUCGACUCAGAUAAAUACUUGGCACGAGUUUAAUCAACAGAUGCAUGAUUCAAGUGCCUGGCAGGACUUUAUUCUUAUUGUCUUGAUCAGUAUAUUUGCUUAUUUCUUCAUUCUUCAGCAAAUUCUGGUUGAAAGCUUGAAAACUGAGGCUAUCGGUUUUGCUGCACCAUUUGCUUUGAUAUUGGGUAUUCUAUCAUCAGCUUUCGCAGCAUUACUAGCAAACAGGGGGUUUAUAUUUGUGUAUGCUGCUCUACAGUUUCUACUAAUAGGUUUACUUGUCUAUUUCUUAUACACCGUGCUCGGUUUAAGCGCGUUUUAUGCGUUAACGCUGUCGUCAGCGCUUGGUUUUGGGUUGGCGGCUAGCAUUCAAGUUUUGUGCAUUCAGUAUCGUCAUGGUUCGAGAGUUACUCAAAACAGUAGUGGUCAUGUCUAAAUCAGGUUCAUGUGGUUUUGCUUGGUUUUGUUGUAACAUAUUUGGUUUGGCAUUUCAAUUAGAAACAAUCAUUAUUGCAAAUUUGAAUAUUGGAUCUGCUUAGCAAAUGUACUUUAG